AUGGAGUCUCUUCGCCCUACCUAUCCGCUUCCUCGCCGCGUCGCGACUGCUCCCGUACCGACGCAGAUGUCCCGCCCUUCCUCCUCGGCCGGCGGUCUCAUCGAGACACUCUACAACCAUCCCAAUGUCAAAAUCGUCGCCUUCACUGCCGUCUCCAGAGGUCGCCCCCGAAGCCCGGGUCGCGGCCUUACCGAUGAACCUGGCCUUUUAUCCGCCUACUCGCAGCUGGAAAGAACCAUUGCAAUCGGCCCGUUUCGCAUCUACCGCACCGGUUCUGUGGCCUUUCUUAAUUGCGGUUCCGCCCUCCAGCCAAUGUUGCCGAAAAGCCAAUGCUGGGCCCUUGCCGAAGACUCGAGCAAAUUUGUCCUACAGAUCCGUCGGCCCAAUUACUGGAGGAUAGAGAUCCCCGUCACCAAUCCUGAUGAACAGGAGCUCGCCGUCGCACUUAAAGGGGUUUGGGACCAGAUUCUUCAGUUCGAGAAGACGGAAUGCCCCUUCAAACGAUCGUUUACCAUCGUCCUCCCCGACAAGCCAAAGACGCCCGUCAAGAAGCGGCCGUGGACCCCUCCCGUAAAGGGAGCCCUGCCAGUUCUAUCCACACCGGCUCACGAGGUUGAGGCUUCGCCGACCCCGAGGGCUCUGACCCCCAAUACUGGCAGAAGAGCUUCGACAACCUCGCUUCGCGGCCGUCGUCUUUCAGUUAUCAGCAAUGACGUGCGGUCGAGUUCCCGGUCGCGAGAGCCUAGCACAGAGAUACCAGCAUUCGCCGAGUCAAAGGAGGACGAGCAGUAUUCUACAAUGGAAGCGACUGAGACAACCGCUCCUGCGACAGAGUCGCACAUGAAAACCGAAGAAGCAGUGGAGGAUAUUCCCCGCCUGGUUGUCGAGACGGCAUUCCAAAUGGUAGCUGGGAAGGAAGAACAGGCUAUCGAUGUAGCAGACAAAGAAGCAUCCGCGGUUUACGAAAUCCACAAUCUUACCGCAGCCGAGGAUUCGAUCGCCGAGGAAGCGGAUGUCGAGGAUGAUGAGCCCAAUGCAGAGUUGAGCAGUUUAAUUGCGGCCCAAUCGACAAUGCCUCGACCUGCUAGGGAAGUACAGUGUGACGCGAGAGAUUUGGACAGCGCCAAAGCGGCCACAGUUACGGAUGCUCUGGUUUCGAAGCCUGAGACCGGUUCGCCAUCAACUUCUGCAUCAGCGCUCCCGACAGAAAUGUUUGGUCGCCGAAAGGACAAUGAAACCCUUCAAAUGCCCUCAGGGGCUCUCGAGGUGUCUACAUUGGCAAGCGCUCCUAGGGACAUCAGAACAGAUGUUUGCACAGAUACCGCCGUAUGCUGCGAGCAACCAGCAGAACCUCGUUCUCCCCCGAACGAAAUCAAGGAGCAGCUCAUCACUGUGGAGGUGCCCCCCAAGACACCACUGCUGGCUGGAACUACCACACCGACGCCCACAAAUAUUUACGACGUUAUUCGCAACUACGAGUACAAGAUGGCCGCUGCUGCACUCGAGCCUGCACCGGCUGUAGACGAGCCCGCAAUUGUUCCCGAGGUCGAGGCGGACAAUGCCCAUGAGAAUGCAUCGGGUAUCGAGUCACACUCAGGGUCCGAAGAAGAGGCAGUACUUGAAGGCAGCGGAGUCGUGGGCGGCAGACGCAAGAAACUCCGCGGCUUCAGGGCCGGCCGAGCCCUUGUGCCCCCUCAGCUGACGGUUGUGACUUCGCCUCCAUCCAAGUCGGCCAUGAGAUCGACCCCGAUCCUGGAUGAUGCGGUGUCACCCACAGGAUCGGCAGAUUCGUUCCAUAGCUCCCGGUCUUGGCAUUCGCCGGUCACACCAGUUCCUCGGUCCCCUGCUUCGGAUGCCUCUCCCACAAGGUUCCCCUACCCCCACGAUAACAUUCUGAUUCCGAAGAAACCUUGGCACUAUCGCGACAUCUCGGAUUUGACUGUCACCCCAGAGACUCGACGCACGUGGGAUGCUACUUCGUCUCUUACGGAUGACAGCUCGCAGGAAAGCGCGGCUACUGCACCGGAUAUUGCCUCCGAGGUGGUGGAACAACCUGACAAGGUAGCCCUCUCGGAGGAUGAAGCUACUACGUCAGCGGUUGCACGUCGCCCGUACAUUCGCCAUCGGUCAACAACGAGCGGUAUUUCGGUCGGCCACAGGGCUCUGUCGCCUCUUCCUACGGCGGCCAACUUGUUUGCUCCUUCAAACACCCAAGCCAGGCACCACCCGCUGCGCAGUCGACUGGAACUUGUCCGCAGGAUUCCCAUGGCUAUCGUGUCCAAAACUUGCGAGGUUCUGUUGGGUCCGCCGAGCCAUCUUAUUGCCCUGAUGCUCCAGGUGGCCGCUAAGAUCGCUGCUGGGCAAUGGCGUGGCAUGAUGUUCGGUUUCGGCGAGGGCGGAGAGACCAUCCCCGUGCAGUGGGACUACUCUGACGACGAGUAUGAUAGCUGGGGCGAGAACGAUGACUUUUACCUCAGCCAGGUCGAGUCUUCACGCGCGAGCAGCGUCAUCGGCGGCGAUGAUGCCGAUAGUGACGCGGCCACCGACAAUGCAAACGGGACGGGCCGGGGUUGGGAGGUCGACUGA